GAAUCACUCAUCUCGUAUAUAAACACAAAAAGGUUCAACAAAAAAGAUAGACAAUAUAGCCAAAGAAAAAUAAAAGAGCCUCUCUUCCAAAAAUGGCAAUUAGGGUUUCCCACAAGUCUCUCCUCCUAGCACUUCUUCUCAUCCUCUUCAUUUCUUCUCCUGCUCAAGCUCGGAGCUUACGAGAAAUAGUGAGGAAUAGAACGCUAUUGGUUGUGGAGAAGGAUCAAGAGAGUCGUAACUCAAGGCAAGACGGAGGAGGAAGUGAUGGUGAUGGAUUGGUUGAUAUGGAUUAUAAUAGUGCGAACAAGAAAAGACCGAUACACAAUCGUUAAUGAAACACAUGAUGAUGAGCUUAUCAAUUUCUUGUGAGAUAUCCAGAGAUUCUAAGAUAUCCCGAGAUUUGUAUGAUCUAUUCAACAAAAGUUACUAUCAAGUAUUGAGAAUGUAAAAAAAAAAAAUAUUAUAUAUAUAUAAUAUAAUCGAGUUUGUAUGCAUAUGUGUACAGCAAAUAUCUCGAGAGAAGCUUACCAAAAAAACAAAAUAUCUCGAGAGAAAACGAUUUUAUAUUUCAUAGUUUGUGUGUGUGUUUAUGUAUGGAUCGCACCGUGGGUUUUGGUUUGUAAAAUAAAUAAUGCCAUUGGAUAUAUAUUAUGUUCUUUAAUCUGUACGACAAUUAAACGUGGAAUCUGAAAUGCAAACUUUAUAAUCAGUCAUAUCAUGUAAAUGUCGUCGUAC